CAAUCUUAUCGUCGUCCACGAGCGGCUCCUGCCUCUCAAGCGCUGUGUCUGUUUGCCUUCCUGCCUGCUCCGACUCUGCACGAUGGCCAUGGCCGCGCGUUGCUUCUCCUACACCUCCCCUAAACCCUGCUUCUCAUUCACCCCGCGGUGCUCGUCCUCCGCAUCAGGGGGAAAGGGAAGUGGGAAGCGGAAGGCGGUGAGGGAGGACUGGAGGGAGAAAUCCAAGCCCAUCACUCCCGGAGGCGUCUACCCGGCCAAGGACCAGUGUAGUCGCUGCGGCCUCUGCGACACGUACUACAUCGCCCAUGUCAAAGACGCCUGCGCCUUCCUCGGGGACGGCAUGUCCCGUGUCGAGGAUUUGGAACCGAUAGUCCAUGGGAGGGGCAGGAAGGACAGCAUGGACGAAAUGUACUUCGGGGUGCAUGACCAGCUCCUGUAUGCCAGGAAGACAGAACCUGUUCCAGGAGCUCAAUGGACAGGAAUAGUCACAACAAUCGCGGUCGAGAUGCUAAAAGCAGAUAUGGUUGAUGCAGUGGUUUGUGUACAAAGUGAUCCAGACGAUAGGUUUGCUCCGAGGCCUGUUUUAGCCAGGACUCCAGAAGAAGUGAUUGCAGCCAAAGGGGUCAAGCCAACAUUAUCACCAAAUUUGGAUACACUCGCCUUAGUAGAGGCAGCUGGUGUAAAGCGUCUUCUUUUUUGUGGCGUCGGUUGCCAAGUGCAAGCUUUGAGAUCUAUAGAGAAGUACCUUGGCUUGGACAAGCUUUAUGUGCUUGGCACAAACUGUGUGGACAAUGGUACUCGUGAAGGACUUGAUAAAUUUUUGAAGGCUGCCAGUACUGAACCAGAAACUGUUCUACAUUACGAAUUUAUGCAGGACUACAAGGUUCACUUAAAGCAUCUGGACGGGCAUAUAGAAGAGGUCCCAUAUUUUUGCCUGCCAGCAAACGACCUGGUUGAUGUUAUUGCACCAUCAUGCUACAGCUGCUUUGACUACACAAAUGGCUUGGCGGACUUGGUGGUGGGCUAUAUGGGAGUACCUAAAUAUGCCGGGGUUUCCAUGACUCAACAUCCUCAGUAUAUCACGGUUAGGAAUGACCGUGGAAGGGAGAUGCUCAGCCUGGUAGAGGGCCUUUUGGAAAGCACACCGACAGUUAGCAGUGGAGCUAGACAACCGUUUGUGAUGGAGACAGUGAAAGCUGAUGAUGCAGCGAAAAUGGGGAAAGGCCCUGCGGACCCAGCUCCAAGAUUUGUGGGCAACAUCAUUGCCUUCCUGCUAAACCUGAUUGGACCCAAGGGGCUGGAAUUUGGUCGCUACUCCCUUGAUUACCACACUAUAAGGAACUACCUGUAUGUGAAGCGAGCAUGGGGAAGCGCAAGAGCGGAGCAACACAUGCCAUCCUACGCCAAGAAGAUUGUGGAUGCGUACAACAAGGACGGGCGCAUCGACUCGAUGCUUAAAGAAACAAAACAAAUAGUCAAGUAGGUGUACAUGCUAAGAAACAAAAACAGAUACGGGAUUAUAGCGAGCUAGCUAGGUACUGUAGAUUGUUGUAUAUCGGGCUUCACAUGCAUUACUGGUGAGUGAAAUUAAUAGGUGUGAUUCUACCAUCACUAUCUUGAUUUGGUUGACA